AUGGCAGCGGCGCUUUUCAUCAGCAAACUUGCCGAACCGAGGCAUACCGUCAACAUAAUUUGGAGGCCAUCGCCGACUGACAAAAUGGCCCCGCCAGACACAGAAAUGAGCUUGGCUUUGAGACAAUAUUCAAAUUGGGAACGGUCCAGACAUGCUAUCGAGCAGUAUCGCUUGGAAAGGAAUUUGGAAUAUGGACCCAACGUGGAACCGCUUCAAUUGCCUGAACAAGAUGACCCAACUCCAGUCGAUAAAACAGGCACGCUUGCGGGCUGGGGAGACAUAGACGAAUUUAAUGAUGAACCACUUACGCUACAGAAAGUGAACUUGACAGUUUUCUCAUAUAAUUAUUGCGAUCAGUAUUUGAGCGCACCGUUUGACCCCGCUCAAGACUUAUGCGCAGAUGUUUCUGCUAAUGACCAAGGCCAGUGCUACGGAGACGGUGGUGGACCCUUAGUGGUUGACGGAGUGCAAGUUGGUAUAGCUUCGUGGUCACUUAAACCCUGCACCUCAGCGCCAGGAGUAUUCACAAGGGUAUCACCCUUCCGAAACUGGAUCAAAACUGUGUCUGGAGUCUAA